AUGUCUUUGACGUACAGCCAGCUCACUCUCCUCGAGACCGCGGAUCUCGUCUCCAGUCUGAAGACCCGACUUAACCUUCCUGACGUCCCUAUCGGCGCUUUCGCUGCUGGCCCUGCUGGUGGCGCGGCUGCCGCUCCAGUUGUCGAGGAGGUGGAAGAAGAGGCUCCCGCCGCCGCCGAGAAGAGCGUCUUCACCCUCAAGCUAACUGCUUUCGACGCCGCCUCUAAACCCAAGGUCAUCAAGGAGAUCAAGAACCUUCUCGGCCUCAGCCUGGUAGACAGCAAGAAGUUCGUGGAGAGCGCGCCCAAGAUGAUGAAGGAGAACGUACCCAAGGAGGAGGCUGAGAAGAUCAUUGAGACUCUCAAGGCUCUUGGUGGUACCGUGACGAUGGAGUAA